AUGAUUGAUCAUCCGAAUCCAUUGAGAAUUUUACCAGUGGCAAUCUUCAUAAUAUUUUUACUAACCGAAGGAUUGUGCCGAAAAUCUCAUUCAAAAAAUAUUAUAUUAGAAAAUGAAGAAGAUGUCAUUGUUUUAACCAAAAAAGGUAGCAAUUUAAAAGUAAAAUGUCAUUAUUCUGAAGGCUACGAGCCCGAUGAUUAUGAAUGGAAAAAAAUUAAAGACAACAGACAUUUUGCGGUUUUACCAACUGAAACUUUGUCCACAUCACAGUGGUUGGAUUUAGUAAAUGUGAGAUUCGAUGAUGAAGGACAAUAUUCUUGCAUAAUGAAUGGUUUUAAAGGGAAUGAAACGUUUUCCGAAAAGCGUGAUUUUGUUUUGAAAACUACAAAUUAUACUAGGGAGCCUUAUGGAAAAAUGAAACCAAAGUUUCAGAAAGUUUUCACGGAGGAUGUACCGUUAUUUGUAAACAGGACACUACAUCUGAAUUGUCCAUUCACAAGUACUAGUGAUACACAGUUUUCUUGGUCUAAAAAUAACGAAUUACUCAAUGAAAAAAAAGCAAUAAUUGAAGGUUUUGGAGCUAUCGAUAAUGAGUACAGUUUAAAGCUUUCAAAAUUGUCAGAUGCUGGAAAUUAUACGUGCGUGGUGAAAAACAAAUACGGUUCAAUCCAAAACCAAUUCACUGUAAUUGUUUACGAUGAUGAAAACAAAAAGCCUCUUUCUUUCGAAUAUCCUCGAGAUUUGUCAUUAAAGUCGGGAGACAGCGCAAUGUUUUUUUGCCAUGCUUUUGAUUACGGCAAUAAAGAAAUCAACUGGUACUUUUUAAAUAGUACAAACCCAAUGAACAUAGACAUAGAAACUGUGGAUCUUUCACAAUUUAAAAAGAUGGACAAUGACAUUGACGUGACAUUGUUAAGUGGCAAGUUGAUAAUCGAUCCUGUGACAAUCCAUGAUGCUGGAUGGUAUAUUUGUGUUCAAAAAGGAUUUGAAAGACCUUUAAUGGCCGAAGCCCAAUUGAUCGUGGAAAAAAGUUUGAUCAAAGUAACAUCAGUUGAGGAUACGAAUCAAGACGAAAAUAUCUCUGAUGACAAACAUUUUGUAUUGAGUCUUUUACCGAUGUUAUCCACACUUCCAAUGGACAAGAAACUCAAAGCUCGAAUAGCUAUUGAAACUUUGGUGCACAACAUAGCUUUCCCAGAUCUGAAUGCAGCAGAAAAUACUCACGCUGAAGAAAAGAAUACCACGGAAAAAUCGUCUACCAAUACUGAUAGUAUUAUAACGAUCUAA